AUGUCAUCACAAGAGGAACCGCUUUCUCCGGAAGAACUACAGAAGCGAUGGCAGAAAGAGCAUUAUGCCAAGCAGGUGGCAGCCCGGGACGCGCAACUAGCCAAGUUAAAACAACAAGCACAACAGGCCGCACUUCGCAGUUAUGGCAUUCCCAGUACCACCGGCUUGUUAGCUUACCCUCCUCUUCCCAAACAGGCAGAUCCCCAGCGACAAGGAGAGAUGGCGCAACAAGGAAACAUGAGCAAUACGCUUUCGGCGGAAGAACAACAGAGAAGGCGGCUGCUACUACAGGCAAUGCGUCCAGGAUCCCUGUCGCCAGAACAAAUGCAACAAGCCAAGAUGCGGCAAAUGGCAGCACAACGCGGACGGCAGGCAGCGGGGAUGGGAUACCAGCAGAUGGGCGACGGAAUCCCCAACAAGUGUCCCAGUGACACAGAGAUUCGCAUGGGACUAGAGGCCGAUGUACCAGACUUUCUCAACUUUCGGUCUGCCUGCCGAGAGGGUGACUUCUCUACUGUCGAGUCAAUAGUUUCCUCUCAAUCUCGCUCACCACUCUAUCUUGACAAGGGAUUAGACGACGCCCUCAAAAACGGCAAAGUCGACGUUUCACGUUUUCUUCUUCAGUCUGGAGCACCCAUGACACGAGCAACACCAGCAGCCAUCCUCAAAGCCCCAGCAGACAAACAGGUUGCCUUGUUCAAGGUUCUCAUGGAGCAUGGCUGGACAGUCAAUACUCCCGAGAGCCUCCUCCCACAGAUCUUUGAAAGUAACAAUGAGCCGUUGUUCGAUUGGUUUCUGGAACAAGGCGCAGAUCUCAACGUUGCCGGGCUUCAUACUGGCCAAAGACACACUCUAUGGCUGGCAGCCACUCAGGGCACUGUUCAAGCAGUGCAGAAGCUUCUAAAUGCUGGAGCUCAGAUGGCCAGUCCGGGGCUUUAUUGGGCGGCAGGCGCCUGUCCUCGAGGCUCAGUUCCUCAGGUCAGACGUGUUGAGCCGAGCGCGGAGUUUGACAAGUCAAGAAUACCCGUCAUGGAGCUAUUACUGGAGAAUGGGGGUGAUGUGAAUCACAGAAUAGAAACGCACACUUUCGAAGAGCUGUACCCGAUUCAAAAUGCGGUCACGGCGGGUGCUGUUGAGAGAGUCAAGUGGCUACUGAGUAAGGGGGCAGAUCCUGAUCUGAAGGGGGGGCCAUACGGCAGUGCCAGGGAAUAUGCUAAACUUCAUUCGAGCGAUGAAAUGAAACAGGUGUUGGGAGUUGAGCAGGAGCAGUAG